GAAAAGUAGCAAAGUGUAAAUGGCUGGUCUGAAGCAUGGAGUGAUUGCCUUGUUUGAUGUUGAUGGGACUCUCACUGCCCCCAGGAAGGAUGUUACUCCGGAAAUGUUAGGAUUCAUGCGUCAACUCAGGAAGGUUGUUGCAGUGGGAAUUGUGGGAGGAUCCGACCUUUAAGAACUUAAGAUAACAGAGCAGCUUGGAAAGGCGAUUCUUGAUGACCACGAUUAUGUAUUUUCUGAGAAUGGUCUUCUGGCUCACAAAAAUGGGAAGCUCAUUGGCAAACAGAGCUUGAAGACACAUCUUGGAGAUGAUAAGCUGAAGGAAUUCAUCAAUUUUGCACUUCACUAUAUUGCUGAUUUGGACAUACCGAUAAAGAGGGGUACAUUUAUUGAGUUCCGAAGUGGGAUGAUCAAUGUAUCACCAAUUGGGCGAAACUGUAGCCAAGAGGAAAGAGAUGAAUUUGAAAGAUAUGACAAGAUUCAUAAUAUACGCCCAAAAAUGGUUUCUAUCCUUCGUGAGAAGUUUGCCCACUUUAACCUGACAUUUUCCAUUGGAGGACAGAUAAGCUUUGAUGUUUUUCCUCAAGGUUGGGACAAGACAUACUGCUUGAGAUACCUAGAAGAAUUUCAAGAAAUCCAUUUCUUUGGUGAUAAAACUUACAAGGGAGGAAAUGACCACGAAAUUUAUGAAUCCGAACGAACCGUGGGUCAUACAGUUACCAGACCUGAAGAUACAGUCGAGCAGUGUGAAGCUCUCUUCUUCAGUUCCUGAAACCAAUCUCAAAUGAAUCCCAGUUUUUUAACAAUAAGCAAAAUUUGUAUGCCAUAUGUAACUCUAUAUAUUACGAGACAAUGUUGAGCAGAAGUUGGAAAUUUGUAGUAUUUAGACACAAGAUGUUAUGUCUGCACUGUAUCUUGUACCAUUUGUUUCUAUAUGUCAAUCUAAAAAGCAAUUUCCUUCCUCUUCUCUG